AUGUCGUCACUCACGUCCGUGGAAUUGAAUUUUCUGAUUUUCCGGUAUCUUCAGGAAUCAGGGUUUACACACGCUGCAUUCACACUAGGUUACGAGGCAGGGAUUAACAAAUCCAACAUUGAUGGGAACAUGGUUCCACCUGGCGCUCUUAUCAAAUUCGUUCAAAAGGGACUCCAAUACAUGGAGAUGGAAGCUAAUUUGAACAAUGGAGAGAUGGAGAUGGAGGAAGAUUUCUCAUUCUUUCAACCGUUGGAUCUGAUCUCAAAGGAUGUAAAGGAACUGCAGGAGAUGCUGAAGGAAAGGAAGAAGAAAGAGAGGGAUAAGGAGAAGGAGAGAUCCAAAGAGAACGACAAGGAGCUUGAGCGAGAGCACGAAGGAGAUCGCAACAACAGAGUGAAGGAAAAGGAUAGGCAUGAGAAGCAGAAGGAGCGAGAGAGGGAGAGGGAGAAGGUGGAAAGAGAGAAGGAGAGGGAAAGAGAGAAGAUGGAACGUGAAAAGGAACGGGAGAGGGAGAAGAUGGAGCGAGAAACGUUCGAUAGGGAGAGGGAGAGAGUGAAACUAGAGAGGGAGAGAGAGAUGAGGGAGAGGGAGAAGAUUGAGAGAGAGAAAGCACAUGAGAAGCAGAGUGGAGAUGGUGACAGGGAGAUGCUUAUUGACCAAACCGACAAAGAAAACGCUGCGGAGGAAGAGCGUUCUACAGAACCUAUGGAUAUCACGAUGACUACAGCAUCUCAACCAUCUCAUAUUCCUAAUUCUGAUGUGAGAAUCUUGGAAGGGCAUACUUCUGAGGUUUGUGCUUGCGCAUGGAGUCCAUCGGCUUCACUUCUUGCAUCAGGGUCUGGUGAUGCAACAGCACGUAUCUGGAGUAUCCCGGAAAGCUCAUUCAAAUCUGGUGCUGGUCGUAACAUCAACGCUUUGAUCCUGAAGCAUGCAAAUGGAAAGUCUAACGAGAAGAGCAAGGAUGUGACCACUCUUGACUGGAAUGGUGAAGGGACUUUACUUGCAACAGGUUCAUGUGAUGGCCAAGCAAGAAUCUGGACUACAACUGGUGAACUGAUAAGUACGCUGAGCAAACACAAGGGACCUAUUUUCUCCCUAAAGUGGAACAAGAAGGGAGAUUAUCUGCUAACUGGAAGUGUCGAUAAAACUGCUGUUGUUUGGGACGUCAAGGCAGAGGAGUGGAAACAACAAUUUGAAUUUCAUAACGGUCCAACGCUUGAUGUUGACUGGCGCAACAAUGUGUCUUUUGCAACGAGUUCCACCGACAGCAUGAUCUACUUAUGUAAGAUUGGAGAAACCCGACCUGUCCGAAUCUUUGCUGGCCAUCAGGGUGAGGUUAACUGCGUGAAAUGGGAUCCUACUGGUUCAUUACUAGCCUCCUGCUCCGAUGAUAGUACUGCUAAGAUAUGGAACAUAAAGCAAAACACCUAUGUUCAUGACCUCAGAGAGCAUACUAAGGAAAUUUAUACAAUCAGAUGGAGUCCUACGGGGGCAGGAACUAACAAUCCUAACAAACAGCUGACUCUCGCGAGUGCAUCAUUUGACUCAACAGUAAAGCUAUGGGACGCAGAACUAGGGAAGAUGCUAUGUAGUUUCAACGGUCACAGGGAACCGGUUUACUCGCUGGCGUUUAGUCCAAACGGGGAGUACAUAGCGAGUGGGUCUUUGGACAAGUCGAUACACAUUUGGUCGAUAAAAGAAGGCAAAAUCAUGAAGACGUACACAGGAAACGGAGGCAUUUUCGAAGUGUGCUGGAACAAGGAAGGCAACAAAAUCGCAGCUUGUUUCGCUGAUAACUCGGUCUGUGUUCUUGAUUUCAGAAUGUAG